GAAAAAGGGAAAGAAGGAAAACCCUUCUCUCUCUCUUUCUCUCUCUCUCUCUCUCUCUCUCUCUCUCUCUCUCUCUCUCUCUCUCUCAAAAGCUCACUGUGUUUUUUGAAUCCUUGGGUUUCUCGUCUUGAUUUGGGUUUUUGAAUCUAAAUCUCUGUGUUUCCAAAACAAAGAGAAAAAGAAGAUAAAGGAUAUGGCUGCUGUGAACCAAGAUAACACUCUAGUAGUGGCCACAACCACUGCUCCCUCAAACUCAAAGCAAUCUCAGCCGCGAGCAAAGACCGUUGAUUCUCAGUCUGUUCUCAAAAGGCUGCAAUCUGAGUUGAUGGCCUUAAUGAUGAGUGGGGAUUCUGGGAUAUCUGCCUUCCCUGAAGAAGACAACAUAUUCUGCUGGAAAGGGACAAUCAUUGGAAGCAAAGAUACAGUGUUUGAAGGGACAGAAUACAGACUAUCCCUUACCUUUCCCAAUGACUAUCCAUUCAAACCUCCAAAGGUCAAGUUUGAGACUCUCUGCUUUCAUCCCAAUGUGGAUCUGGUUGGCAACAUUUGCUUGGAUAUUCUUCAGGAUAAAUGGUCAUCAGCUUAUGAUGUGAGAACCAUUCUCUUAUCCAUCCAGAGUCUGCUUGGAGAACCAAACAUCAGCUCACCUUUGAACAACCAAGCAGCACAACUUUGGAGCAAUCAAGAUGAUUAUAGGAAGAUGGUGGAGAAGUUGUACAAAUCUCCAAAAGCUUAAUUGAGAUGACAAUAUAAUUUCUCAGAUUAGGAGUUGAGCGAUUGUAGAAGAAGAAGCCUCUCUAAUUUGGAUGAGAGGAUGGAUUUGUGUUUUUCUUUCAGAAUGUUCCAUUAAUUCCUUGAUUUGUUCUUGUUGUGUUCUCUGUUUACAGAUGAGAUGUUUCAUAGUCAUUGUUAAUUGAAGGAUGUAGACAAUUGUCGUCAAAAUUCAGAGUUAAAGAUUGUCUUUCUCCCUAAA